UGAUAUAAAAAAACAUUUUUGUAAACUCUAUAUCAAUUCCGUUGGUGUUCCAUGUGUUUCUGAAAAACAAUAGGAGGAAAUACAGAUGAUUUAUUGAUAAAAUCUCAAUAAAGUAUAAACAAAAUUAGGUCGGCCAUCGCAUUCACGAGUGAAAAUGUAUUAAAGAUUGCCGAUUCUAACGGCACUACUUAAUUCUUUAUUAUAUUAUAUAUAAAUAUAUAUAUUGUAAUAGAAAUACAACUUUUUAAAAUGGUUAUUAUUACAGUAAAGGAACUAAAACGACUGAUUCAUCCUCAUCAUAUUUUAAAUUUUAUUUUAGCUUGUUCAUAUUUAUUCACAAAACUUGUUCGACCGUUUUGCACAAUAUUAUACCCUAAAUCAGGAUGUGAGCUGGAAUUCAAAGAAACAGAGAUACUGAUAUUUCUUGCUGUGAUAGUUUUUUUGCGGACAAAAAAGAGAGGGGCUGUUCAAAUGAUACCAUACCUCACAUCUUUAUGCAUGUAUGCAAAAUUAGCCAAUAUUGCUCUGUUCUUCUACUCUGAUCCACGAUUUGGUGUAAUUUAUGGUGUUCUGUGUUUAAUUCAUCUUUUGCUUCUACCUGAACCAACAUAUGAAGGACCAGAAAAUGUUGUAUACUUCACUGGACCAAACCUGGAGGAGGAGUUGAAAAGAGACACAAGAGUGACCUGGCUCGUUACAUUUUAUACUGUCUGGAAUUCAAACUGCGUCAACUUUGCACCAAUUUUUGCUGAGAUGUCUGUUAAAUAUGGAUUAGAUAACUUGAAAUUUGGGAAACUUGAUGCAACAAGAUAUCCAGAAGUGGCUGAAAAAGGAAAAGAGUUAUUAAUGGAACGAAGAUUCAUCAGCAACCUUGAAUUAGCAGCUCUGGGAAACGAUUUCCAUCAAGAGUUCACCUAUUUUAUUAAAUCAAAUAAAGGAUUAUUAGGAUGAGCAUGUGUUAUCAAUAUUAUUUUUAGAAACCUCAUAUCAUUUCAGAAGAGGCAAACAAAUAAAGAAUAAAAACUUAAAUGAAGCUCAAGACAGCAGCAGGUACAGAGUUGAUAAGUAAUAAAAAAUUUAUUGAUGAAGUUGAAAUGUAACAGCAUUUGAGAGUAUUGCAGUGAUUUAUCAAAAUCAAUUCAUUCAAGAAGAAAUACAUUUUGUACGAAUGAAUAAAUAUUAAAUAUAUUAGUGCAUGUAAAAUGUAAUUGAUUGAAAAAAUUAGUAAAAGAUUUUACUUGUUGUUAGCUACCUGAAAAAUAAACGGAAUUCAGAGUAGACAUAGAACAAUAUAGAAAUUAGUUAAUUUGUUGACCUUCCAGAUAAAUAACAUGCUUCAAGAUAGAAUAUCAUUCAGUAUAAGAUAUUCAUUAAUAAUUUUCAUCAAAUCAAAAUAUGAAAAUACGUGGUUUUUUCCCCCUCCCUUUUUUACAUAUGUAAAUUGAAUUUAAACUUCAAGAUUACUCAUGAAUAAAAAGUUUGAGUUCACAGAGAGCAAAUGCAUCGAUUUUUUAUUGUUGUUGCUGAAGCUUUAUUAAAAAGGCACAUAUUACGAAACGAUAAAAAAAAUUUGAAUAUUAAAAAAAUAAUUUUAAUAUGACUUUGAUCUAGCUUUUUGAUAUGGUCUUUGUGCAAGAAAUGAUGAAAUAAUUUAAUCCAUAGAAGGCUAACAGUGUGAUACAUUCCAUUUCUUCUCUCUCUUUAGCAGCUCAUUUUUAAAUUUCUUUAUUUUAAAUAUCAUAUUUAGCUUUAUAUAUUGAUUUUACUAUUUACAUCCGAACAAGAAUCCAUAUUGCAUCUAUCCUCUUGAUCAUACAAAAUUCUGCUUUCAUAACCCAUUUCAUCAAAACAGACAUAUAUUCAUUGCAAUUAAGAAAAUCUGGAAUCAUUUGUUUUCAUUAAUUUGUUCAGACAUGGUAGUUCAUUUUCUGAAUCAUUUAUAUUGAAGUAAUAAUUUUUCAUUAAUGUUUUGAUUAAUUUUUAAACCAUUUAAUGGAACAGUUGUGCAUUUAAAUCUUAAAAAUAUACUUUCAAGUAGUUUAAAAACUUAACCACAAAAUAUUAAAUACUUUAAAA